CUGCAGGCCUUGGGGUGCAGCUGCAAGCACUUGGUGUGCUGCAUGUGCCACCUCUGCUGCUCUCCUGGAGAGAAGAUGAAGGUGCUGCUGUGCCUGGCUCUGGUGCUGACGUUACUGGGGAGGAGCAGCAGCUUGGCUGGAUGGGUGUUCACAGAGCCCUGGCUCCAUGCUAGCGCUGGGGACUCUGUCCUGCUGCACUGCCUCUUCCAAGAUCCAGAGGCCACGGGCUGGACGGUGACCAAAGUGGACUGGCUGCGUGUGCCAAGGGCUGGCAAACAGAAGGAGGAGAUGGUAUUUUAUUACUACAGCAACUCCAGUGUCCCCGUGGGCCGUUUCCAAGGCCGGGUGCGGUGGCAGGGAGAUGUCUCGUGCUGGGAUGGCUCCAUCCAGCUGCAGGAUGUGCAGGUGAAUGACAGUGGCAGGUACACGUGUGAGAUCCGCCUGUUUCAGCACGGCAGCAUCUUCAAGAACCACACGUUUCUACACGUCAGCCCUGAGAUACAGAGAGACAGAGCAGCAGAAAGUGCCCAAGUCCUGGGCCGUACUGGAGUUUGGGCUGUGACCGUGUGCUGCAGCGCUGUGGCCGUGGUUCUGGCUUUCCUGGCAGGACUCAACCUGAGGAAGAGGUCUGCAGCUACCACUGCCCUGGAGAGAGCCAGAAAUGACGGCAGCAAGGACAAAGCCAAGGAAGGGCAUUACUCCUCGAUUCCUGAAGCUGUGGUGCCUAAGGCUGAUCAGGAUGCAGGGAAGAAGAGGAGAGCUGAGGAGACCUACAUCACCAUGCACCCCUCCACCCUCCAUGAGAAUGGCAUCUACGUGGAGCUGGCCAGGGGGGUGAUCCCAGCAGAGUGGAUGGCAGAAGGCAGACGGGACAGUGGGCGCAGUGAGCAGCCCUACAGCCAACCCCAGGAGGAACUUCCUCGUGUCCCAGAGAGGGGAAAAUAGCCACGCUGGGGCUGUAAACCCCUUAACCAGCAGCUGCACGCAAGACUUCUUUGCUCCUUUGGCUGGUCACUGUUAUACUGCUGUCAGCCCUGCACUGUUGUCUCCAUCCUGAACUGCUGCUGGGACAUGGCUUGCCCAGCAUCUGCAGGGUGACCUGGGGAGUGUCCUCUCUGGAUCCCUUCUCCCUGGUCCCCAGAGAGGGACACAGAGGGCAGUCCCUACUUUCCAGCACUGAUUGAGGUCGGUGCUGCUCCAGGACUGGAAAUGAUGAGGAGAGCCUGGCUGGGGAGGGGGAAGGAUUGGGGUUGGGGGUGGAGGGGCAGCUGUGCACUGGUAUCUUCUGCAGUUAAUAAACUCAGCGAGCCCGGGGAGCCUUCCCCUU